AUGGCUGUUCACAAACGGAGCCUCGUUGAGAGCGUUCUCCAGCGUUUUCCCGCCAUCAGCCAUGCCGUUGUUUUCCUCCUCGCUGUCCUCGGGCCGACUUAUGCCCCCAUCGGUUUCGUCCUGUACAGCGUUCUGGUCAAUUUUAUCAUCCUCGGAGUCAACUGCAGGACUGCUUAUGGCACUUUUCUGGCCUGGCGCGGGGUGAAGAAGCACGCCAGUACCGACUGGCGGGCCGUCUACGCUGAGGGCCACAACAGCCACAGCCUCCCGUAUGAUGAUGUCGAGCACAUUAUUGUGAUCCCCAAUUACCAGGAGGACAUUACCGUACUUCGCGAGACACUAUACCUGCUGUCUACGCAGCCCCUUGCUGGAAACUACCGUCCCGUGCUGGCCAUGGAGGCACGUGAAAUGGGUGCCCGCGCCAAAGCCGAGACCCUGCUGCACGAAUUUGGUGGCGCAUUCAAGGCCAUCUCGUACACCUUGCAUCCUUCCGAUAUUGACGGCGAGGCCGCGGGCAAGAGCUCAAACCUGUCGUGGGCAGUCCGCCAAGCAUGGUUCAGCAUUGCCGAAGACGCAAACCUGGAAGUGGGCAACAUGGUCAUCACGGUCCUGGAUGCAGACACCGCUCUUGCAGGCGACUUCUUUGCCGCUGUCAGCUGCAAAUACGCGGUCCGCUCAGCUGAAGAACGCACCCGCAUGUCCUUUGUUCCCCCCAUCGUCUUUGAUCGCAAUGCCUCAGAUGUUCCCAUUGCCGUUCGCCUCGUCGACAUGCUGUGGGCAAUGGGCGGGCUUUCCACAAUCUACCCUUCCUCGUCUGCCAAGAUCCCGACCAGCGCGUACAGUCUCUCGUUGACUCUUGCCUUGCGUGUUGGCUUCUGGGACGCUGGCCCUACUGCAAUUGGCGAGGACAUGCACAUGUUCAUCAAGACUCUCUUCUGCACUGCGGGCAACCUCAUUUCCGAGACCAUCUAUUCCCCUGCUUCGCAGCUGGACGUGUGUGGCGGCGAGCACUCGACCUUUUUCUCCCUCAGCGACCAUACUGCGCGGUACAAGCAAGCCGUGCGCCACCUCUGGGGCAGCCUCGACACAGGAUAUAUGCUCAACCGCUUUUGGAACCGCCACUUUACGCCUUGUGAGGACGACUUUGCCUCGGUUCACAGGCACGGUCCCCCCAUCGGUCUCUACCACUUGCACAGCGAGGACGAGCCCGCGGCCAUUACCAUGGCGACGAACUGGGUCGACAAGGUCGGUGCACGUACGCCGAGCGAUGUGCCCUCGCCGCUCGAGACCAUUUCAGAGGUGUCGUCCGUCAGCUCGCUCGACCUGCUGAACGACGACAAGGUCAACACGCUCCUGGCGGAACGACGGGCCAAGAAGGUAAAAGUCGUGCCGUUCCUCACCCUCGCGCUGCGCCUGUACGAAGCCCACCUCCUCAUUGGGCACAUCACCAUCCUGGCCAUCGUCCGUUCGGUCAAGUGUUUCAGUGCCGGUGUGUGCGGCACGUCCCCCGUGGUGGUCGCCACGGCCGGUCUGGGCCCGCGUACAAUCUUCUUUGUGGACUGGGCAAACAUCCUCUUGUCCGUCAAGGGCAGCAGUAUCUUUGUGCUCAUCACCAUCGCCAUGAUCGUGGUGUAUGACCGAUACCACCAGCAAGCGGCGCGGUACAGGUGGCAGAGCUCUGACAAGCUCGGUGCUCAGCCUAGUGCUAGGUCGUACCGCCCGUUCCCGCGGGCCACUUUUGACAUCGUCGCCUUCCCUGCCAUCUUCGCCUUUGGCGUCGUACCGUGCUUUCACGCGCAGAUAAUGCACAUCUUCACGAACCGCCUCACGUACACCGUGUCCUUCAAGCCGGCUGUCGCGGCCCGGAUCCCACCCACGCAAGAGCGUAAGCAGAGUCUCGCGUAG